UUAUACAUGAGAUGAAUUGAACAUUUGCACUUUUUAAAUAAUUUUUUUCUGUUUUGUGAUCUAUUAUCAUUGGUUAGGGCUCUGCCAGCUAGUAGUAUUUGUUUGUAGUCAACUUUUCUGAAACCUCAGAUGUAUUAUUUACUUGUUUCUGGAUGUACUUUAAAAUGUGAAUUGGGGUGACUGGGAAUCAAUGCAUUUAUCAAAACCACCAGGUGAUAGUUUAUAGUGGAAGAAGAGUUCCAAAAAUACAUUAAAUAUUUGAAGUAUAGUAGUAACUAAAAUAUAUAUACAAUUUUAAUGUGCGUCCAUGUGGUAGAAAUUGAAGUAGUAUUUUACUAUUUGAAAUGCAUUGGAUAACUAAUGUUGUAGUUAACAUGAAGUUAUUUCCCAUUUAUAGAGUGUGUGUGUUAAUGUCACAGUCUGCUAAUGUGGUCAGUAUUCUCCAGGAGGAUCUGGUAGGAACUUUGACAAAUGCUUCACCUAGAAAAAACAAGUUGUAAAAACAGUAAAGCAUGCAUGUGUUUCUUCAUAGUGAUUGUUUUCACUGUUCUUUAUACACGCUUUAAAAAUGCAGUUUUCAUUACUAUAAUAUUUAUUACAUUGCACUAUUUUUACAGUGUGUCAUAAUUGGAGAAAAUGAUGGAAGAGAGUGGAAUAGAGACAACCCCACCUGGGACACCUCCACCAAACCCUGCAGGCCUGGCUGCCACGGCCAUGACCGCCUCUGCCAGCCCAGCUCCUCUGGCCUCAACCAGCUCAUUUUCUUCUGCCAACGUGUCCACCCUGGAGUCCUUGGCGCCGCACGCCUACUCCACUCCUCAGCCGUCCCUGGCUCCUGUCAGGCCGUCAGCGCCAUUACCUCUCGUGCCUCCUUCCCCAGUUCCUUCUGUUCCACCGCUUGGGACUUCUCUGCCACCUCCCAUGUCCUCGGCACCUGCCGCAGCUUUCAGUAGCCCUCCUCUGCCCCACGUCCCCCCUUCCACCUCUGCUCCAGGUACUCUGUUGUCUGCUGCCUCCGGCCCUCCCAUCUCAGGCUUUUCUGUUGGUUCGUCCUACGACAUCACGAGGGGACACGCAGGGAGAGCGCCGCAGACGCCCCUGAUGCCGUCCUUUGCUGCACCUCCGGUGACAGGUAUUUUGCCAACCCCCAUUACUCAGCAAGCCAGUUUGACAUCUGUGGCGCAGGGAAUGGGGACCACAUCAGCUAUUACUUUCCCAGAGGAACAAGAAGAUCCCAGGAUAAGUCAAGGUCAGGAUGAAGCAUCUGCCGGAGGAAUCUGGGGUUUUAUUAAGGGUGUGGCUGGGAACCCUAUGGUGAAAUCUGUGCUUGAUAAGACAAAACAUUCAGUUGAAAGUAUGAUUACAACGCUGGACCCCGGCAUGGCUCCAUAUAUCAAAUCUGGAGGUGAACUGGAUAUUGUGGUGACCUCAAACAAAGAAGUUAAAGUGGCAGCUGUCCGUGAUGCCUUCCAGGAGGUGUUUGGCUUGGCUAUGGUUGUAGGGGAAGCCGGACAGUCCAACAUCGCCCCACAACCAGUGGGCUACGCAGCUGGCCUCAAGGGCGCCCAAGAACGCAUAGACAGCCUGCGUCGUUCAGGAGUGAUCCACGAGAAGCAGACUGCCGUGUCGGUGGAAAACUUCAUCGCAGAAUUGCUGCCUGACAAAUGGUUUGACAUUGGCUGUUUGGUGGUUGAAGAUCCCGUGCACGGCAUUCAUCUGGAAGCAUUUACACAGGCCACACCAGUGCCUCUGGAGUUCGUACAACAGGCUCAGAGUCUGACUCCCCCGGACUACAAUCUGAGAUGGUCAGGCCUCUUGGUGACAGUAGGAGAAGUCCUUGAAAAAAGUUUACUCAACGUCAGCCGGACUGAUUGGCACAUGGCUUUCACUGGUGUGUCCCGUCGGCAGAUGAUCUACAGCGCAGCCAAAGCGAUCGCAGGCAUGUAUAAGCAGCGCCUGCCCCCCAGGACCGUGUGAGCGAGGCCUGUCAGGCUCCUGAAUGGGAAGUCUCAUUUGAAUCCAGCAUCUUGAUAAUUAUCCUGUAGGCUGCCUUUUUCUUUGUGUAGCAAGACAUGGUGUUAUUCUAAUUGGUAAGAAGAAACAUCCUUUUUAUAGUCAUGUAAUUUCACAUGUGAUAGUUCUCAAAAAAUACGCAAAUAUAUUUAUAGCACAAUUUAUUAUCUCAGAUUUAUAAGGUGACAAUUCAUGUGCAGAAAAACUUAACCUCAUGAUUUUUACUUGAUUAUUUUGUUGUUUAAAGAUAUGGUUCAUUAAAGAAAAUGUUUAUUGAUUAUUCCCUAAAAGCUUCUGUUGCUUCCCCUCCCUGUUGGUCUU